AUGGCUUCAUUUGGUAAUAGAGGCGGGGCUUCAUCGCCUUCGCCUGCCAUUGAUUCCCGACAUGAUCCUUUCGUAGUACCGGCAUCACCUCCAAGUGCGAGUCGUCACCGAUUGUCCACUUUCGACUCUCAACUUUUUUCGCUAAGUCCCAAUGCGUCGCCGACGCAGGCGAAGCGUGCAUUAGAGGCUCAUUUGGCCGAGACGGAUCGAAGAAUGGAAGAAGCUGGGAAACUCGGCACAGCUUUGUUACAACAGCGUAAGGAGCUGAGUCAAAGAUUAAUGGAAGUUGAGAAGCAGAAGGCUGAAGGGGAACUCUCCGAUGAUCUGCGACAAAGACUAGCCGAGAUUGAAAAGGAUUAUAAUGAUGUCGCCAGGGAAAGCGCACGUGCAUUUCUACCAAAGCAGAGAAUCCCUAGUAAUGAAGCUUCUGCUGGAUCGCCAUUCGCGCCGGAAAGCAAAGGAGGCAGACGUUCUGUGAGCCCUUCCAAGUUCGAAGACCAGGCAACUGCAUCCCCAACCAAAUUCAGUGUUCCCAACCGAAAAGUCCGAAAUCAACCUGCCAAUCGAAUCCACGAUAUCGAGUUUGCGGCGGAAAUUAGCACAUCUCUAAUUGCUCAGGUGCGCAAUUUGCAAGGCCUGCUUGCCGAGAAGGAAGAAGAGUUGAAGGAGAUCAGAGUUGAGAAGUCUAAGCUCGAAUAUGAAGCAGAGGGUUUCCAACAGCGAGUUAAGACGCUGGAUGAGAGCGAGCAUCGCUACAAGGAUGAGAACUGGAGUCUCGAGACUCAGGUCCAUGACCUCCUUGCCAAAGAGAGAGAGGCCGAGGAUCGGUACAAAAAGUUGCAACAGACUCUGACUGCUCUUCAAGCCGAGAAGAAUUCCACCCAAAAGGAAUUGGACGAGGUCAAACUGAAUCACUCGAAACUGAGCGAGGAGUAUGCUGCGGUAGUCAAGCAUCACGAUAUAGAACUUGGUUCUGCGAAACGUAAUAUAGUCAUUGCCGACACCGAACGAGCGGCUCUGCGGAAGAGGAUAGAUGAAUUGACCGGACAGAAUCAAGAGCUCGCCAAAGCAGUGUCUGCUUCGCAGAGAGCGAGAGUGAUCGAGCGCGAAUCAAUCCUUGGUAUGAACCAAGAAGAUUCCGAAUCUGCGCACGACAAGACGACGCCGGAACACUCGCCUCCUCCUUCGCCUGUGAAAGGAACACCGCGGCACUCUUUGUUAGAAUCAGAAACGCUCAAGACAUCUUUAGGCCAUGCUCAUCGCACAAUUCAAGGACUAAGGAGCAAUGUGCACAGGGAGAAGACCGAAAAGCUUGAACUUAGGCGCAUGCUACAAGAAGCUCGCGACGAACUAGAGAAAUUACGAAACGAGCCCCCGCCGCCACCUAAACGCACACGCAAAGCCGAGGUGAAAGAACAAAGAAAGCCGUUGCGGGGACUACUGGGAGGCCUGCGUACUGUUCGAAGCGAAGUUUUCUCUGAAGACUCGAAUUGGGAGGACCAGCCCGAUUCUACAAGCCCAGGUCAUUCGACAUUAGCUUCGCGAUCCAGUAAGUUUGAAUCUGUAGCGGAAGAACCAUACGAGCAGUUUGAAACAGCCAACGAGACGAGCGACGCUGCGUUCGAAACCGCGCACGAGCCGGCGACUGAGACGGACGACUUCCACACAGGUGCUGAAGAAUUUUCGAGCGAUGAUGAUGCCGAGACUGAAACCGAAAGCCCCUCGAGGCGCCGUACGCCUAGAAAUAGCAUAUCUGCCUUCCAGGGUCGUCCACGGAGCGGAUCUAUGCAUAGUACAGCCUCGACCGAAGAUGAAGAUUUUCCCUUUGGCUACGACGCGGGAGCGCCUGUCACCUUACCGCCCUUACAGGCUAAAUUCCCUCUCCGAGUUAGUCGCGGUGCUUACCGUCGUUCGAGACAGCCUAGUGAGGAGCCCGCUUUCCCCAGCAGCCCCCCAAGUAUUGCGAGCAGCAGUGUAGCAGGCACUCCUCACCAACCUAUCAAAAAUCUGGCUGCUGAACUGGGCGAGUUCGAUGGCAGUGACAACGAAUCGUAUCUAUCUGCAACUCCUAGCAGGAGGUCCAUUAGGGGCCGGACCGUAUCACCUCCACCACCGGUUCCUUCUCUGCCGAGGGCUAUUAUGAUUGAUUGUAGUACAAUGACAGAUGAGAUGCCGGACACACAUACUCAUGCCGCCGAUCUGGCGGUUCUUCAAGCCGAACAUGAAAAGGCUCUCAAGGAAAUUAGCGACGAAAAGGCAUUUGCGUACGCAACAGCUUUGGAUGAGCUGAAGAGCAAACAUGAAGAACAACUGAGCAAGAUGCAGCAUGACGCCAGCCUCGCUCAUACACAUGAGCUUGAAACUUUGAAAUCAAGUCAUGUGGAUGAGAUCAACAAGUCAAUCAUAGAAGUUAAAUCUGUACAUGGACAGGAACUCGAGGCUUUAAGAUCAAGUCAUGCGGAUGAGCUGGCGAAGACUCUUGCUAAUGCCCAGAGUACCUACGCUAAAGAGCUUGAUGUGCUAAAGUCUAAUCAUGCCAAGGAGAUUAACGAAGCUAUUGCUGAGACGCAUGCGGCUCACACUCGAGAGCUGGAAGCUCUCAAGUCCAGUCAUGUUGAAGAGAUAAGUAAAGCCGUCUCUCACACUCAAAAUACCCAUUCUCGCGAAUUGGAGAUGCUCAAGUCUAGCCAUGCCGAGGAGGUUGACAGAGCUCUUGCCGACCUCCGUACAUCUCACACACAGCAACUCGAUGAGCUUCGAUCAAGCUAUACCGACCAAGCCGCUAAGGAAGCAGCCGAAGGCCAAACUACCCAUGCUCAAGAAAUUGAUGCCUUGAAGGCUUCUUUCGCCAGCGAGGCAUCCCAGAAAGACCUGGCUAGCAAGGCAGCUCAUGAUGCUGAAUUAGAAGCUCUCAAAUCUUCUCAUUUGGAGCAGAUGAUGGCAAGAGAGGCCGAGAUUAUGGCUACACAUGCUACUGAAUUGGACAGCCUGAAAGCUAAGCAUGCUGAUGAGUUGAAGAAUAUGAAGCUCGAGAAUGACAACCGUCAUGCAGCAGAAAUCGCUACUUUGGUUGCAGCACAUUCAAGCCAGAUCAACCAGCUGAAGAAUGAACUAUUCGACGCGCAUUCAAAACAAGUACAAACCCUCCAAACCGAAUACGCCGAGGAACUUGAGAAAGCGAAACAGCAAUCCGAUGCAGCCCAUGCGGAAGAGCUUGCAUCAUUGAAGGCAGGCCAUUUGGCACAACUAGAGGAAGUAAAGAACGCAUUAGUAGUGGCGCAUGGCAAAGAAUUGGAUCUCGUCGAGGCAGCGCAUACGAAGCACGUUGAAGACCUUAAGAAUGCUGCUGACGCCCAGCGCGGUGCAGAAAUUGCCACGCUUGUGGCAUCUCAUGAGAAACAAAUUGAUUCAAUUAGGGCUGAGAGUCAAGCUACAUUGGUGAAGGAACUCACGGCUCUAAAGGAAGUUCAUGCAGAGGAGAUCGACAAUCUAAACAGUCAGCAUGCUGCUACUCGUACUAAGGAGCUAGAAACUUUCAAGGCAGCUAUCGACAAGCAAGUCGAGUCAUCCAAGACCGAAGGCAAUGCGGCGCACUCUCAACAGAUCGAAGCCCUCAAUGCUGCCCAUGCGGAGGUCCUUGAAGCUCAAAGACGCGAUAUCGAAAAGUCUCAGUCACAAGCCUUGGAAUCCCUAAAGGCCUCUCACGAAAGGAAUAUCGAGACUCUGAUGAGUGAAAAUGCAACUGCAAGGUCAAAGGAACUGGAAGAUGUUACUUCGGGUCAUCUGAAGGAGUUGGAUGUGUUGAGGCAAGAACUCGAGUCUUCUAAGACCAAAGCUCUUGAAGAUCUCGCCGCUACUCAUUCGCAGCAGUUGGAGAACCUUCGCCAGAGUCACCUCGAUCAAUUGGCAGUGUUGAAUUCUCAGCACGAGUCCUCUAAGGCCAAGCUCGAAGAAGAACUAGCUAGCGCACAUUCAGAGGAACUUGUCGAGCUUCGUCAAAACCUUAAAUCAUCUAAGGCUUCUGAAAUAGCCGCGCUAAGUAACAGUCACGCAAAGGCCCUGGACAUACUCAAGAUCGAGCACGGAACAGCGGAGUCCCAAAAACUACAGGAGCUGACCGAUGUGCACUCUCAAAUGUUAGAAAAUCUCAAGACUGAGCGUGAUGCAACUGAGGCACGGAAGCUGCAAGAAUUGACAAACGCUCAUUUGCAUGAAUUGGAAAAUCUUCGUCAGACCAGUGAUCAUGCGAAGUCCGAAGCAUUGUCAGCCUUAGCGGCAACUCACGCGGGUGAGAUAGAAAAACUCAAGGAGGUUCAUGGCGAUACGCAAUCCCAGAAGUUGCAAGAGUUGACAGAAAGCCAUGCUCGCGAGUUGGAGCAUAUUCGAAACGAAAGCGACAGUGAGAAAUCCAAAGCAUUAGCAGUUUUAGCGGCAACUCAUGCAUCUGAGUUGGAGUCACUUAAACACGAGAAUGAAGCAACACGCGUGCAAGAAUUAGAAGAUCUCAAAGCUGCACAUAUCAAAGCACUGGAGACUCAACAUGCUGAGCAUCAAUCUACUCUUGGCAAUGCAUUGGAAACUCUUAAGAACGACCAUUCCAAUGAGCUUGAGCAACUUAAGAAGCAACAUGACGUCGCCCAGGCCGAAGCUCUUGAAGCUCUUCGUGCAAGCCACUCCCUAGAGUUAACUCGGUUGAAGAACGAUGCCGACGCCGCACUCACUAGGGAACUGGCGGCUCUCAAUGCUGAUCAUGCAAGCUCCCUUGAGUUGUACCAGAAUGACAACGCUGCAGAAAAAGAGAGACUUUUGGCCGAUCACGCCGCAGAACUCGAAGCUUUACGCAAUUCUCUCCAAAUCACACCUCCUAGCCUGGGUUUCUCUACAAUCAACUCGACUGAAACCGAACCGGUUGAAAUAUCCGAACUCAGAAGCCCCAAACGCGACGCGUUUAUUAUUCCCCAUGAAGAUCGCUCGGCACAUACAUCAUCUGAUACUGGACUCGGAUUGCUUGGGCGUAGAGGUGAGAGAGCUUCGACACCAGAGAUUGCAGAAGACGAUACUCGUCAGUCUCCGAGUGCUACACUUGUUCCCGAGACGCCAGAAUCAAAGAGACCGUUUAAGGAGUUAUCUACCAACACAGAUGUUCGCCCUUCGCAGAAGCCAGCAUUCCAUACCUCCAACCAAGGUUGCCAGACUACUCUAACUUCAGACGGGCUAGAUCAAUUACUGAAGCAGCAAGGUUAUAUAUCUCCCGAUUCGUUCACAAUUACCACAUCUCGGGGCGAGGUCAUCGUAACACCCUUCGAUGAAGCAGAGGCCAGGCAGAGAGCUGGUGAUUCUAGCGUUAUUUCCGCCACAGACCCAGUGGCCGCGCGACAGACAGACAGACCAGCUAGUGCUCAAGCUUCCGCUUCGCCUAGGUUGCCUUUACCUCCUAAUCACCGAGAAGCAAUCGAAGCCGCACGUACACACUCAUCCAGCGGUAGCAAAGGGCCAAUGGGACCUCCAGCACUCCCAGCAUCCGCAUACAGUAAUUCAGGCUCGAGACCGGAAACACCAAGUAGCAGGCGUCCAUUGUCCCCAAGCUCUAUUGUCAAAGGCACACCAACACCCAAAGCAGGCCGAAGUUCAACCUCAGGUUAUGCAGAUGUCCACUCCGUACCAAGGAUGCUCCUUCGCAGCAGGCAGUCAUCCGUGUCGUCUUUUGCAUCCGAGAUCGAUACAAGAUUCAAUAUCCGUGGUGAAAUGGGUAUGGAUCCUUCAGCUUUUGGUCCAAGUACCGAUCCUCGCAUGAUCCAAGCCAUCACACAGACCAUGAUCGGCGAGUAUCUUUGGAAGUACACGCGCAAGACUGGUCGCGGAGAAAUGUCCGAGAACAGACAUAGGCGAUAUUUCUGGGUACAUCCCUACACUAGGACAUUAUACUGGAGUGAUCGUGACCCGUCUGCCAGCGGCCGAACCGAAUUAAAGGCGAAGAGUAUUCCGAUCGAGGCUGUACGCAUAGUUGGUGAUGACAACCCAAUGCCGCCCGGGCUUCACAGAAAGAGUCUAAUUAUCGUUUCUCCCGGCCGGACGGUAAAGUUCACAUGCACUACUGGUCAGCGACAUGAGACUUGGUUCAAUGCACUGUCGUACCUCCUACUUCGAACAGGCGACGAAAGUCAGGCGGAUGCCGAAGACGUAGCCGGCCAAAUCACACAAGAAGAUGUUGACGAAUUCAAUCCUUCCAUUAACCGACGACCAGCUAACGGCAACCGCCCGCGACCCCCUCCAUCCUUGUCUUCAUACAAUUCGGGGGCUACGCGUGCUGGUUCACCACGGGUUGAAGUGUCCAUGAGUAUCCCGACACUUACUCCCACACGUGAGAGAGAAGCCUCUCGAAACGGUACUCUAGGAAGAUUGAGCGGGUAUUGGAAAUCAAGUUCGAUAAACAGCACGUUUAGUAGCCUGAGAAGCAAAACCCAUAUCCCUCAAGAGGGCGCUAUAUAUGAAGCAAGCGAGGUCCCUGACAGCGCUGAGGAUCUAAGGCAAAUAAUCGAGGAACAGGACCGAGCGUCUGACAGGCUCGAGAAUGUUAGAGCUUGUUGUGAUGGGAAACAUGAUGUUGGAACCUUGUCACACACGAAGCGUGGACGUAUCCAUACUUCGCAUUCACAAACCCAUUCACACACACACCCCGGGCCGUCAACGACGCCGACACCUGGGAGUACCUCUGUACGGGACUCGCGCGCUACCACGUAA